AUGAGACUGAUCCCGCUUGUUGCGCUCAUUUGCUCGUUUCUCCUUGCCGUCCACGCACAGGCGCCUCCACAAAGCUGGGAGAACGUCAAGUAUGAGAGACUUGUCGACGUGCUCAAGUCUUACGUCAAGGAACGCCAUGUCAUCCAUGCCCGAAACAUAGCCUCGGAACCCACCAGCGAGUAUUACUUUGCCGUUCCUGGGUUUGUCAGAGAUGACGUUGCCCUGUUCAUUCCCACUUUGGAGGUUCCUAGACAGCAGGAUCCGCUGCUCCAGGCCCAACGUGUGCCUGAACUAUCGUCGCCCGACGUUGUCUACUACAAAAUACAAUUGCCGUAUCCCAUUGCGCCAAAAUCGCAGAUCCACAUCACAGUGUCGUACGUCCUGACCAACCAGCUGGAGCCGGCUCCUGAAAAAGGCCCCAUGGGUGCCGAACAACGACUUUUCUUCAAGACUACCAAACUUGCGCUCUCGGCCUACGACACCCUGAGCUACGAGCUCAAGAUCCUCGGGGCCAACAAGCCUCAGGAAAUGACACUGGAGCUGCCAAGCGACGUCGAUCCAGAGGAGUUCAAGGCCUCGGGCAGAGAUUCGUUCCUGGUUUACGGACCGUACCAAAAAACAUUCAAGCCUUUGAGCAACCUGCCAUUGGCACUCAUUUUUACCAAAAACCAGCCCUUGCCGUUUGUCAAUUUGCUCAAGAGAGAUAUCUGGGUGUCGCACUGGAGCGACUCGUUGCAAUUGGAGGAGUACUACGAGCUCACAAACAAAGGUAUCCAGCUGGACAAGGGCUUCUCCAGAGUGGACUGGAUGAAUGGGAGAUACACAAUGAGGCCCUCUCCGGUCAUCACGUCGAUCCAGAUUCCACUCCCGAAGGUUAAGACCUCGGAGGUGUAUUUCGUGGACAAGGUGGGAAACGUGAGCACCUCGCUUUUCCACAACAACGAGCUUGUCCUCAAGCCGAGAUUUCCUAUUUUUGGAGGCUGGAACUACAACUUCACCAUCGGCUGGACCAGUCCACUGUCGAAGUUUUUGAAAAGCGAGGGCGACCGCCACGUGCUUCGUGUGCCGCUACUGGACGGUCUGAAUGAUGCUACCUACGACAGAGUCGAAAUCUCGUUCUUCCUGCCAGAGGGCGCCAAGUUUGUCGGCUUCGACGACAUCCUGAACCUCAAGGAGUGGAAGAUCGACCACAAGUUUUCGUACCUCGACAUCACGACCGGCCACACGCAGGUCACUUUUGUGCUUGAGAACAUGGUGGACGAGAUGAGAAACGUGGACAUCCUGAUUGAAUACGAGUACGGGCUAGCCGACAUGCUGCGCAAACCGGCCACCGCCGCUGUCUACAUAUUUGGCGCUCUGCUGGGCCUGUAUUUGCUGCGUAAAAUCGAUCUCUCUAUCAAGCCAUCCGCAUAAUGCGUCUGCAGUGUGCAAAUUUAUAAAUGCUGUGUAAUGAUAAUGUAUCAGUUGUCUUUCCCCUUGCUCGGGCUCAGAGUCUCUGUGAUAAGAUACGGGAUCAUGCUCAGCUUGUCUGGCGAGCCCUGUGUAGACGGGCUUUGUCGCGGAGGCGUAGAGGGCGGCAGGUCGGGCACGUUGUCGAGCCGUGGCAGAUUUUGCAGAAUUUGCAGCGCCUUGGCAUUGAUGUCCUGCGUUUCCGCGUGCUCUGGCACCUCCAAAGGUACAGACGGCGCCUUUGUGGUGGGUUUCUGUGUGCGCAGUUGGUCCAGGAGCGACUCUAUCAAGUUGUCCUGCGGCUGCUCCUGCUCGCACUUGCUUUUCUUGAACUCCUCCAUCAUGCGCUUCCGUUUCUCGUACGCUCUCUCUUCCUUUUCCAGGCGGGCGUUGUCAGCCUGGGCUUUUUUGUAAUCGUCCACAAACAGUUUGAACUUGGAGAAGAACGAGGUGCGCGCGCUUUCGUCUUUAACGCGUUCCCCAAAUUUUUCCAUCAGCUGCUCAAAACUGUCAAUAACGAUAGUCAGCUUGGCGUCGAAUUCUUUUAUUUUGGUCUGCGCCACAGCGAUCCGCGACUUGGCGAAG